GUGGAAUUAAAAUCUUAAAUCCUUGAUAAUAUUUAUGAACCAGAAAGGAUCUGAGAGUCCUCUCUCAUUGGCAUAGGCUGCACGUUUAAUACAAUCAAUUAAUUACGAUAUUUCAAAAAUUAAAAAGGCACGGUUUCAGUUUCUUUUUUCAGUCUCUCCUUCAAAACAAAGUGUGCUCGCGUUGCUUUGUGCCGUCCGCAAUAGCGAGUUGCAGUAGAUCGAGGCCAGCGCCAGAGUUAGUAUUAGGUAAUCCCGGAAGAAAGGCUAUCUAUUACAGGAAGGGACAAUAUGGACUGUCGAGCUGUUCUGAGAGAAGCAGAAUCCCAAUUCCAGAAGCAGAAGUUCGGAACUGCAGAAGAGUUUUACACCCGGUUCAUUCUUCAUUGCACUGACGGUGAAUGGAAAAACAAAUGCUGUGCCAAGGACCUGGCUAAUGCAUAUAACAACAGAGGCCAAAUCAAGUACUUAAGAGUAGACUUUUACGAAGCCAUGGAUGAUUACACAUUAGCAAUUCAAACCAAAGAAGAUUUUGAAGUUCCUUAUUACAAUCGAGGAUUGAUACGUUAUAGACUAGGAUUUUUUGACCAGGCAUUGGAAGACUUCAGAAAAACAUUGACUUUGAAUCCAGAUUUUAAAGAUGCCAGAUUGAGUCUUGAACAGACACUAAUAGAUAAAAAUGAGAAAGCAAGUAGAGGAUACUAAAGAUAUAGUAGCUGGAUUACAAACAUUGGUUUUAAGUGUACUAUUUUUAACUUGUAUAUUUAUUUUUAAAUUGUGUUCCUAAAUAAUCCUUAAGUUUAAAGUUUAUGAAUGUACAUUUAAUGUUAGUGCAGGCAUUGCUCAGGAAUUUAGAGAUUUUAUGAUUAAAUCUUACAAAAAAUC